UUAAUCAGACCCAAAGAAAUCAAUCCGUCAAUUGUUAAUAAGCAGUGUGUUGUUUACAAUUUUUCAUGUGAUCUGUGCGAUGCAGAUUAUGUCAAGUAUACAGCCCGACACCUUCAUCAACGAAUUGCUGAACACAAAAAUUCGGCAAUCGGUAGACAUUUCUUAGAAGCUCAUGGUAAAAACAACCUUUUGAGAGAAAGCCAAUUCACGGUUUUAAGAAAGUGCCAGAGCAAAUUUGAUUGCUUAAUAUUUGAAAUGCUCUUCAUCAAGAAACUUAAGCCCAAUUUAAAUAUUCAGACGGACUCCAUACGUGCGAAACUCUUUGUUUGA